AUGAAGACUCUCACCCGCCCGACGCGUCGCUCUAGCGCGCGUACCUCCCGCCGCCGUAGCUCCAGCGACAUGUCGGCUGCUUUAUCGCCUCCGCCAGACUUUGCUGCGUCCAACGCUCUGUCAUCCGACCCCGACGGAUCUCUAGAAGUGACAUUCUGCGCCGUUCAGCGUGUGCACAACCGCUCAUUCCUGUUGCUGUGUACGCGCUCCGACUGGCGCCUCUACCGCCUUGAUGGCUUCAACGCGUCACGAGAUAGCUGCUCGCCCGUGCAGCUGCUAAUCGACCUCGAGAAGGACGCAGCGCGCCUCUCCAGUGUUCGCUUCUUCCAGCUGUACGAACUUCCCACAGAGACGGACUUGCCGUCGGCAGUAGGAGCUCUCUUCGUGUCGGAACGAAGCUCCUCGCUGCCUUCGAGCGACGGCGAGGACGAUGAUUUUGUGUCUGCAACCGCUGAGGAUGAGGACGACGGGCACGAGGAAAUAUCGGUGCUAGCUCUGGGCGAGCAAAAACUGCUUCACAAACUACCGCCAUCGCCCUCGCUCGUGCUGGACAUCCAGACAAACGCAACGACAGCGGCGAUACUGUGUGAGACUCGGGAGCUUUUCCUUUACGAUUUGGCCACUUUCCAGUUGCAACAGACAAUCGUCACGGCUUCUCCGGCUAUGGCUCUCGGUCCACGUUGGCUGGCAUAUCCAGGAUUCGCACAGAGUAGUGAUGCAAGUCAAGCCAACGGACGAGACCAGUCGAGAACAGGCCAAGCAGACAGCGACUCGGACUUCGACGACGUUCCGAUUGACGCUCUGGCUAGCGGUGGGAUGACCGUAGAAGCCCGUGACGCGCCGCACAGCUCCUCUCCGUCCUACACAGCAAUUGACGUGGCUCAGAAUGUAGCCUCGGGGCUGUAUUAUCUUUCCGAGUUCGGACGAGCCACCAUCGCGCCAUAUUUGUCAUCCUCCCCUGGCAAACCGCCCAAUGGAUUACACAAUCAUCACACACAAACGUCAGGAACUGGUCGGCGCAGCUCGGGACGGUCAAGAAACUCGUCUUUCAGUGGCUCUACGAACAAGGAACCGCUCAGAAGUCAACCGAGUGAUGAUGUAGCAGCGUCAGUGUCAAAGAAACACCCCGGGUGGGCUGUGGUGCUAGACCUGGUGACUAAGCGCGUGUUGGCGAACUUCCCUUGUCAUUCCACUGCACUGGUGAACUUGUCGUUGAAUUUCUCGGGACUUCUGUUGGCUACGAGUUCCACCAAGGGACAAAACCUCCAUGUAUACAGAUUAUCGCCUCCGUUGCAGAGUGUAGUAAACAAACUGGGAGGAUCGUCAGUAGCUGGAUAUGGAACACUCUGCCAUCAGUUGGUGUACAAGUUACAGCGAGGAAUCACCCACGCGACUAUCCAAAACAUCGCCUUCAAUCAGGAUGGCAAAUGGAUUAAUGUCACGUCAGCACACGGCACCAGCCAUCUCUACGCGUUGCAUCCGGAAGGAGCUCGCAUCAGUGCAGACACACAUGCUAACACAGUGGAGAGUGCUGAAUCGACUGCUGAUGGGCUGGGCCCAGGCUUUCCACUACGACAAGUGAACGACUUUUAUGCCGACUUCCGUGCGCUUGAGACGCGGACGCAGACUCAAGUGCUUCGGAUCCGUCAUGAGUUCAAGAUCCCCACCGUCCCGACUGUAAAUCACCACAAGGCUACAGCCCCAAUUCAUUCCAAAUCACGUACCACUCGUUCGUCCUCAACGUCGUCUUCCUCGUCUGUGUCGUCAACGUCUUCCUCAUCGUCUCCUACGGGCCCAGCAUUUCAAAGUCCACCAGCUACUGGAGGCAUGCGCAGUAGCACCAUCAUGGAAUCAGCCCUAGGUGCAUCGCAGGCUCUGCUCUCUCAGCUCGCCACAUCCGCCAUAGACUUCGGCCAUCAGCACUUUGAAAAUGACACGGAUGUGGCCUCUCGUCGUCGUCGAUUACGUCAGCGUCUGUGCUGCCUCUUUGCUCCUGAUGGACUCAAGAUGCUGACUUGCUGCGACGCUGCUCUCAAAUUGUAUGACAUGCGAGUGACUGCGCUCGCCCAGCACAAGGCUGACCACGCUCGUGCCACGUCGUCUAACUCAAAAACGAAGAAUUCCAAGUCGUCGCUGUCGUCCUAUGGCUUUGAGGCGAGUGUCACGGAGCUCAAGUCGUGGGAACUGCUCGCAUCGGGUCGUCGAAAAUCGGAAUCUCUUUCAUCUGCUAUUGAGGAUCAUGCAGCCUUGAACAACAAUAAUUUCAGUGGAGGAGACCCGAGUGCCAAGACUGAGCUAAGGACGUUUGCUCAGCGAUCGCUGCCUCUGUGGGCCCAUCCGAAGGUGACAUUUAAAGCGAUUGACGAAGACCACCCGGAAGGUCAAGUUCUUGAGGUCAAGCGUAAAGGUCCGAACCCGAGUCAAGACCUCAGCGCAAAUACCAUGGCCACGGCCCCUGAAGGGUUUGCUAAUGGCGACGAACAAUUGUUUGUGAUGGAGAUGGAUUCAUACUUUGGUAUUGGCGGCUCUCCUGUAUUUGAUGGCCACGGAGACGGCCGUCCUACUACACCAGAGAUUCCUCCUCCGCUAGAUCUGGCCGCGAGUAUCAAUAUGGCCAUGUCCUCUUCGCUGUCUGAGACGCCGCCAAAGCCGAUACCCGAGAAGGAAGCUCCUUAG